CUGUAGACCGCGAGGUGAGCGGUUGGUGAGAACGGGUGAAUUUUGGUGAACGGCGAAGUCAUCAGGUUGUGUGUGGACGUUGUAAAAUAACGCCCCUCCAUGCCAUCAUCAUUGAACUGCCCAUAUGACAAAAUUGGCUGCUUGUUAGUAUGUGUGAAUAGCUAACUAUUCUUGGAUUUGUGUAUCUGAAGUUUAAAGUGUGGUGGUUCCAUCAUGACUGAGCCAGAAGAGACGGUUGUUUAUGUAGAACACCGGUAUGUAUGUUCAGAAUGUGGAGAGGAAUAUCCCAACCUGGAGGAUGCUGUUCUACACCAGCAGAGCCAUGCACCAUCUUUGCAGGAACAACAGUAUCAGGUACUGGGCCUAAACUCUCAAGAAAAUCAAUAUCAGUGUCUGGAAUGUGGACAACUUCUAAUGACUCCUGGAGAACUUCUUACCCAUCAAGAGCUCCAUAUUAAGCUUAUGAAUCCUGCUCAGGCUGAUACUCCCAAGGCCAAGCGACCCUCACGAAGUGAAAUACAUUAUGAGUGUGUUGACUGCAAGGCUUUGUUUAACAGUCAAGAUGUGUGGAUGGCUCAUCGAUACACUCAUAUGCAAGCUGAAGAUGUUCCUCAGACAAAAGUUGUGUUGCAAGCAGAAAGUCCUACUGUAGAGGAUGCUUUACAACUUAUGUGCAAUCAGCCCAUUCCUGGGGAAGUCCACCUUGUAGCAGGACAACAGCAUUUUCAUGUGCCACCUACUUCAUCUUCUUCUGUGUCACAUACUCAAGUUCUGGUAGACUUGGAGCACUCUUACAAGAAGAGCGAAGGCUCAGGAGAGGACUGUGCUGUUGAGGUUCUCCUCUACAAAUGUUCUGAGUGUUCUCAGCUAUUCCAGUCGCCUGCAGAAUUCAUUGAACAUCAGGCCACACAUUUUCCUGGUCAAGAGAGUGCCAUAUCCACAGAAGAGUUACCUGUCACUCCUCCUAAUCAUUUGCCAACUGAGCAGUCUGAAGAGCAAGUGGAAGAGGUGACAUCUGUCAGUAGUGUGGUUGAGAAAAAUGGAGCAGUGGUUGAUAAUCCAAAGGUAGAUUAUGUAGUAAGACAUUGUGGGAAAUCUGGCAAAGAUUUGGAGUUUUCCUGUGGUCAGUGUGGUGGAAACUUUCAGAGUGUUGAGGGGUUGCAUGUUCACCAAAAAACUUAUCAGACCGGUCCUUUUAGCUGCCCACUCUGCAGUAAGGUCUUUUCCACUCACCCAGAGGUAGGUGAACACCUAAGGUCGCAUAGUGGAGAAUCACACUAUCUGUGUGUGGAUUGUGGCUUAGGCUUUGCGAGUGAGGCUGUUCUGCUGAACCAUCGGCGCUCCCACCUUUCUAACCCACUAUAUACGUGUGAAUGUGGGCAAACAUUUCUUAACAUGACAAAGUUCCUAUACCACCGGCGUUUGCACAGUGAGAAGCAUAAAAAUCAAACACCGGUAGAGGAGAAGAAAAAUAGCAGCUAUCAUUUUCCAACCACCACUGGGGCCUUCUUAUGCACACCUUGUGGAAAAGAAUUUCCUCAGCUUUCUCAGCUGCUGCGCCACCAACGUUUUGUUCAUGCACUUGAGAGAAGACAUAAGUGUCCAACAUGUAGUAAACCAUUCAAGAAGCGAUCACAUCUGCGCAACCACAUGCUAACACAUACAGGAGAGAGACCAUACUCUUGUACUGAUUGUAGCAAGUCUUUUAAUUCGCAGGCCAACCUUUUGCGGCACAGGUUAACACACACUGGAGAGAAGCCACAUAAAUGUCAGAUCUGUGGGAAAGCUUUUAGCCAGUCUUCUACUUUGCAGCAGCAUCUUUAUGUUCAUAACCAAGCAUAUCCAUAUAAGUGCAUGGAGUGUGGGAUCAAUUUCCAUCGCCCAUAUCGUCUUUUCAUGCAUCAAUACCAACAUACUGGAGAGUACCCAUACAAGUGUGAGAGCUGUGGACUGUCCUUCCUGCUUAAGAGACUGCUGGAAGUACAUGAGCUUGGGCAUCGUGGAGAGUUACCACUUAGGUGUGUGGACUGUGGCACAAACUUUCCAACCUCACAAAGGUUGCAGGAUCAUAGAUGCACUAAAUCCGGGGCAGGUGAGAAACUGGAGUGUCCUGUAUGUGGUAAGAAGGUGAUUUCUGAUGCUCGUUUGAAUGCACACGUUGCUUCCCUGCAUGCAGGUGUAAAGAGAAAUAAUCGUAUUAUAGGAAAGGGUCCACAGGCCUCAACACCUAGAAGCAAGCAGAAAACAGGAGCAAAGAACCUGGAAUGUCCUGACUGCCAGAAAACGUUUAGCACAGAAACAUCAUUGCAGGUACAUCGCAGAAUUCAUACUGGUGAACGUCCAUACCCUUGUCCAGAUUGUGGAAAAGCUUUCCGUCAGUCCACACAUUUGAAAGACCACAGGCGCCUUCACACAGGAGAGAAGCCCUUUAAAUGCGAUGUGUGUGAUAAAGCUUUCACUAUAGCUGUACGACUGGCUGAGCACAAACGUAUUCACACAGGCGAACGACCCCAUGCCUGUCCAGACUGUGGUAGAGCUUAUCGCUCAUUCUCUAACCUAUGGAAGCAUAGGAAACUACACAAAGGUCAAGUGGAUCCACCUCCAAUCACAGAGUCGCACACUGGUGACAUUUCCAACACUGUAGCUAUCUUGGAGACUGUAGAAACUAUUCCAAUUAUUGAAACAGUUGAAAUAUUCCCUGAAGGUAGCACUAUCAGUGUGCAGGACAUACAGUUUGAGACAUUACAGGUAGAAAAUAUACAUUUGGGGAACAUUCAGAUUGAGACCCUGUGAAUUAACAAAAAAGCAUCAGCUGAGAGAGAAGUCACUGGCAACUGUGGGUUUUGGUGACAGAAAAUAGCAAACACCAUAAUAGCUUGAAAAAGAAAACCGUGUGUUAAUUGGUUUGGAUAGAAACAUUCAUAAUAAAGAGCCUCUUAGCAAUAGAUAGCUACAUUUAAAAAGCCCUCUAAAAUAAGGUUUAUUAUUGCCCUAAUAUGUAAUCAGUAAGUGUCAGACAGAACACGCACUUGCAGAACAUUGUACUUUCUAACACUGUUUUUUUGUGAAGGACUUUGUAUUGCAGUUUGGUUAUAAAGAAUCAUAAGUUUAUUCUCAA